CUAGACAACAUUGGUAUGUCUUCAGUCUCUGUGUUCCAAACCUCAGUCCGAAAGAGGAAUUAUGGUCGACUCUUGUUCUUCUUCUUCGUGCAAGCACUUCUCUAUCCAACUGUGCGACUGACUCAAUCCAAAAUUUCUUGAAAGAUAGCGAACACCUUCAUAAUUCUAUACCUAUUCUGAUCAAGAAAUCAAGAUCACAACCGGUACAAGUUCUAGUUUUUAGAAAUUCCAGAUCAAUUUAGCCUCAGAGAAAGUGCCAAGACUUCUCUCUUGUUUCCCUCUCGUUCUCCCUUUGUUUCUUUGAUUUCAACCAUUUCCACAAAUCGAACCCAAGAAUGGACAGAGAAAGAGAGAUGGAGUACAGGUGUGUUCAGUGCGGGUUUGGGGUCAAAACAUUGUUCGUGCAAUACUCACCCGGGAACAUCCGACUCAUGAAAUGUGAGAAUUGCAAAGUGGUUGCCGAUGAGUACGUCGAAUGUGAAACCAUGAUUCUUCUAAUUGAUUUGAUUCUGCACAAACCCAAAGCAUAUAGACAUUUACUUUAUAACGUGCUCAAGCAAGAAUCUCCAAAAUUCAAGGGUUUAUUGUGGAAAUUAACUAUUGGUUAUCUUCUUUUGGAUGUUUACAGGUAUCUUGUUUUAGAAAGUGGUGAUGAAGAGUGGGGUUUGUCCACAAGCUUUUCUUCAUUAGUUUGGACCUGUCGAAAGAUGUUCACAGAUGUCUUUCUCGGGAACUUCAUGUUACUGUUUACUUUUCUUCUUGUGAUGAAGAUAUCUCCUAGCAGACGUGCUGGAACCCCACGGUGCAAAGACUUUUUGCUUGCAAUCUUGAUAUCAAGUUACUUUAAGAUAUUUCUUGUUGCCAUGAUGGUCUGGGAGUUUCCAUCAUCGGUGAUUUUCAUUAUUGAUUUAUUUGUUUUAUCAUCCAACACAAUGGCAGUAAAAGUGAUAACUGAAUCAGGGAUGAGUAAAUGUAUAGGAGCCUGCUUCAUUGCGCAUGCUGUUAAGGCCUUCACCUCUCAGGUGCUUUAGCUAAGAUUUUUGAGAUAAGCAAACUUCUUUGGCCAUUUAAUUCCCCAGUCAUCGUGUUUAAAUACUACAGAACAGAGCAUCAAUCUUAUUCUGUCUUAACCUUUUUUAAUACUCUUAUUUCCUAACAAUGCAAUGGCAGUGGGUGGGAUUAGCUGGCGAGUAUAAUUUAUAUGUGAAUUCAAACUAGUCAAGUCAAUAUGAAAUAGAUUUGCAUAUUAUGUUAUCUGCCCAUCGAAGUUAAAUUGGCAUUCUGAUUCACAAUUUCAAUUUGUACUUUGGUCUCAA